AUGUUAGAGCGAAAGAGGUUGUCUAGUGGCCUCAGUGUUACUUCAAAAGUAUUCGUCAGGUCUAGGAAUGGUGGAGCUACCAAAAUUGUUCGAGAACUAUACUUGAGAAAUGAUAUUCCAUGCUAUUCGAAAUUAUGCCAUACGUGUAUUGAUCUUAUUAAAACAGGCCCUCAGGGUGAGAGUGCAGACUUCGUUUUAUCCCUGUCACCUUUGAAAUUGAAUAAGAAGGCUCAUUAUAUUGUUGUCGAUACUAAUAUAGUCUUGCAUGCGAUAGAUUUGUUGGAAAACAGAGGGUGUUUUUUUGAUGUAAUUGUACCUCAGACAGUUUUGGAUGAGGUAAGAAGUAGGUCAUUUCCGAUUUAUCAAAGGAUUCGAGCCUUAGUGAAGUCAGAAGAAAAGAGAUUUGUUGUAUUUCAUAACGAAUUUAAUGAGGCAUCAUAUGUUAAUCGUGCUAAAAAUGAAUCAAUUAAUGAUCGUAACGACAGGGCGAUUAGAAAAGUUGCAUCUUGGUAUGACGAUCACUUAAAUAAAGAUGAGAAGAAAGUUUCUAUAAUAUUUUUAUGUAAUGAUUUCGAUAAUCGUUCCAAAGCAUUGAAGGAAGGAAUUAGUGCAAUGUCACUUACAGAGUAUAUUGAUCAGUUGCCAAAUGCUGAUGACUUAAGAGACCUUAUUCCAAACGAAGGAGAGAAUUUUGCUGGAAUGGAAUAUAAUGAAAUAUCAUAUCCUGAAUACUUUUCGGAUGCUAGAAUCAUGGGUGGAAUUAAAGGGGGUACCAUGUAUCAAGGGAUAUUGAAUGUUUCAACUUACAAUAUUUUGGAAGCAUCAGUUGCCACUCCUGCUUUCAAAAAACCGUUACUUAUUAUUGGAUCCAAGAACUUGAAUAGAGCAUUUAAUGGUGACUCCGUAAUUGUGGAGCUUUUGCCGAAAGAAAAAUGGAGGGAGCCUUCGACUACUAUCAUGGAUGAAAGUAGCAUCGGUGCCAAUGAUAUAACUGACGAGGUGAGUGAAGAUGAAGGUGAGCAAAUAGGGGGCAUUAUCUCUGACAAGGAACGUAGGAUGUUAGCUCAAGAGGCGCUUAAAGCUACUGAUGAAAAGGUUCAGAAGAGAUUACAACCAACUGCUAAGGUAGUUGGUAUCAUUAGGAGAUCAUGGAGGUAUUAUGUUGGCCAAAUAGAUCCGACCUCAGUUUCAGACCAUGACGUUGGUGGUUCUUCAAAGAAUUGCUUCGUUAUAUUGAUGGAUCGUUUAUUGCCACGAAUAAGGAUAAGAACAAGAAAAGGAAGAGAGCUUCUAGGUCAAAGAAUAGUUGUAGCUGUUGACGCGUGGCCCUCAACUUCGCGCUAUCCCCAGGGUCAUUUUAUAAGAUGUUUGGGUGAAAUUGAAAGUGCAGAAGCAGAAACUGAAGCUUUGCUAUUAGAACAUGAUGUUGAGUACAGACCUUUUGCAAAGAAUGUAAUCGAUUGUUUGCCACAUGAAGGUGCAGAAUGGAAAGUUCCUGAAAACCUUACUGCUGAUCCACAAUUAGAGAAACGCAAGGAUCUUAGAGAUAAGCUUGUUUGUUCUAUUGAUCCCGUGGGCUGUGUUGACAUUGAUGAUGCGUUACAUGCUAAGCAAUUGCCUAAUGGUAACUAUGAAGUAGGAGUUCACAUUGCUGAUGUCACUCAUUUUGUGAAGCCGAAUACAGCUCUUGAUAACGAAGGUGCCUCUAGAGGAACAUCAGUCUAUCUCGUCGAUAAGAGAAUCGAUAUGCUUCCAAUGUUGUUGGGUACUAAUCUUUGCUCCUUGAAGCCAUAUGUUGAUAGAUUUUCUUUCUCCGUUAUAUGGGAGCUUGAUGAAAAUGCAAACAUAGUCAACGUGGACUAUAUGAAGUCCAUAAUCAAAUCUAGAGAGGCAUUUUCGUACGAACAAGCUCAAUUAAGAAUAGAUGACCCGUCUCAAAAGGAUGAAUUGGCUCAGUCCAUGAGAAUUUUGUUGAAAUUGUCAAAGAAUCUUAAGCAAAAGAGACUAGAUGCUGGCGCUCUCAAUUUGGCAUCUCCAGAAGUCAAAGUUUAUAUGGAUAGCGAAACCUCCGAUCCAGGAGACGUGGAAAUCAAGAAAUUACUCGAAACAAACUCUCUCGUGGAAGAAUUCAUGUUACUUGCAAAUAUAUCUGUCGCUAGAAAGAUAUAUGAUGCUUAUCCUCAAACUGCAAUGCUUAGAAGACACGCAGCUCCACCCGCUACCAAUUUUGAGGCCUUAAAUGAAAUGUUAAGAGUAAGAAAGCCAGGCAUGCAUAUUUCAUUAGAAUCGUCAAAAUCUUUGGCCGACUCCCUAGAUAGAUGUCAAGACCCUAAUGACCCCUACUUCAAUACCUUGUUACGUAUUAUGUCUACUAGAUGUAUGAUGGCAGCAGAAUAUUUUGCGUCAGGUUCUUAUGGAUACCCUGAAUUCAGGCAUUAUGGGUUAGCAGUUGAUAUAUAUACGCACUUUACAUCUCCUAUUCGAAGAUAUUGCGACAUCGUUGCCCACAGACAACUAGCUGGUGCUAUUGGGUAUGAGAACUUAGAACUCACUCAUAGGGAUAAAACUAAAAUGGAGCUAAUCGUGAAGAAUAUUAAUAGGCGUCACAGGAAUGCUCAAUUCGCAGGUAGGGCCAGUAUUGAGUACUACGUAGGACAGGUUAUGAGAAAUAGAGAGACCGUUGAGGAAGGAUAUGUUAUAAAAUGCUUUAAUAAUGGUAUAGUGGUGUUGGUUCCUAAAUUCGGAAUCGAAGGAUUAAUAAAACUUGAAAAUUUAGGGAACGUCGCAUCGGCAGAUUUCAACGAGGACGAGUUUAAAUUGAAUUUCAAUGAUUUCGAAAACAAGAAUAGACAAGUAGCGGUAUUUGAUAAAGUUAAAGUGCAAAUUAAGUCAUUCAAAGAUGAAGUAUCCGGCAAGAGAAAGGCCCAAUUGAUAUUAGUUUAA